AUGGCUCUGUGGGCGGGCCAGGCCAUGACACCUCCUCUGAGAGCCCCACAGUCUGGGACACCCUCCUGGACCCCAAAGCCGCAGCUCCUCAUCUCCCAGAAGCUUCUGGGUCUGUCCUGGAGGAUUCUCCUCUGCACCAUCUUCCUGCCGCUCAUCAUCUCCAGCCUGGCUCCUCGGGCCAGGAGUAAGGACAACUUUGCCAAGAUCGGGACCCCCCAAAUCAGGUUCAACAUGUCUCACCUGAACCCCUUGGAGCUAAAGAACCGUUUUGUGGGGCUCCAGGCCCAGAAGCACAACGUGAGCCCACACUUCACCCUGGAGGAUCAGAGGUUCCUCAUCCUGGGGGGCUCCAUCCAUUACUUCCGGGUGCCCCGGGAGUACUGGCGGGAUCGCCUGCUGAAGCUAAAAGCCUGUGGAUUCAACACCGUGUCCACCUAUGUACCCUGGAACCUGCACGAGCCAGGAAGAGGCAACUUUGACUUCUCAGGCGAUCUGGACCUGAGGGCCUUUGUCCUCAUGGCCGCGGAGGUUGGGCUGUGGGUGAUCCUGCGCCCAGGCCCCUACAUCUGCAGUGAGAUGGACCUUGGUGGCCUGCCCAGCUGGCUGCUGCAAGACCCUGAGGUGGGACUGAGAAGCACCCAGAAGGGCUUCCUGGAUGCUGUAAUAGCCUAUUUUGAUCAGCUGAUUCCCAAACUGGUUCCCCUGCAGUACAGCAUGGGAGGCCCAGUCAUUGCUGUACAGGUGGAGAACGAGUACGGCCCCUUCGUGACAGAUUUCACCUACAUGGUUCGACUCCGCCAGAUCCUGGUGGAAAGAGGGAUAGUGGAGCUGCUGCUGACCUCGGAUGACAAGAAUGGUUUCAUCCAAGGCUCCAUUUCAGGAGUGCUGGCUACCAUCAACACAAAAGCACUAAACAGACAUCUGCUCCAGACAAUAUGGAAACUGCAGCCAGAUAUGCCCAUUUUAGUAAUGGAAUUCUGGGUUGGCUGGUUCGACACCUGGGGGAACAAACAUGCCACUCGACAUGCCAAAGAUGUUGAAAGAGCUGCGACUCAGUUUCUCAACUCUGGCAUCUCCUUUAAUACAUACAUGUUCCAUGGUGGCACCAACUUUGGAUUUAUGAAUGGCGGAGUGAACAUUGAUUCAUAUCAGGGCGUGGUCACUAGCUACGACUAUGAUGCGGUGUUGACUGAGGCAGGAGACUAUACAGAGAAGUAUUACACCUUCCGUAGACUCUUUGCAACCCUAGUUCCAGGGAUCUCUCUGCCCCCCAUACCUGUGGAAAGUCCCAAGACCCAGUACCCACCUGUGACCCCCAACUCCUUUCUGCCACUGUGGGACACUCUUCAGUACCUGGGAAAGCCCAUCCAGUCCAAGGACCCUAUCAACAUGGAGAACCUGCCCAUCAACAAUGGGAAUGGCCAGGCCUUUGGGCUCACUCUUUACGAGACCACCAUCUGCUCUGGGGGCAGGCUGCAUGCAGAGGUCCACGAUGUGGCACAGGUGUUUCUGAAUGAGACCUACAUAGGCCAACUGGAUGACAAGAGUGACACGCUGAUGCUUCCUGAGCUCAAAAAUUGUCAUCUUCUCAGGAUCCUGGUAGAGAACCAAGGAAGAGUCAGUUAUUCCUGGAAGAUUCUGACUGAACGGAAAGGCAUCACUGGGCCUGUGACUCUGAAUACAGAAACCCUAAAAGGUUUCACCAUCUACUCCUUGGAGAUGAAAGCGACCUUCUUCAACAGGCUCCGUGCCACCAGCUGGAUGUCUGUCCCCAAGACAUUUGCGGGGCCUGCCUUCUACCGGGGCACUUUGAAUGCUGGCCAUCCCCCCAGGGACUCCUUCCUGGAUCUGCAGAACUGGGAUUAUGGAUUUGUGUUCAUCAAUGGACGGAACCUUGGACGAUACUGGAAUAUUGGGCCUCAGAAAACACUUUACCUUCCUGGUGUUUGGCUUAAUCCGGGAGACAAUGAGAUCAUACUGUUUGAUAAAGUGAAGAAUGGCCUCUACAUCAGAACCACAGAGAAGCCCAAUCUGGGUUAAAUUAUGACUGCUCUUAGAUUGCUGAGGUUCACCCAAAAGUAAUUUUUCAGGUGGUAAAUUCAUAAGAACAGUAGUAAAUACAGCUUAGCCCACAAUAGCAAAGAUACAGAAAAGCUAAAAAAAAAAAAUAACAUUAAAGAUGAAUAUAUCUUAUAGU